GUUUUCUCGCAUUUUCCCGCUGGCCAAACAGAAGGGAAAAAAAAGGCCAACUCCAAGUCGCCGUUUUGGCGCCAAUUCGUCUUCCCUCAAAAAUCUUCGUAUAAAAGCCUCGCGAAAAGUUUCGUCUCCUCAUGGCGUCUGAGUCCUCCACAACCAUACCGUUCGCCGGAAUCUCCGGAACCCCCGCAACCUCCGGCGAAAGCCCAAGCGGCGAGAACACUGUAACCCUAACCCUAAACUCGUCGGAGCUCUUCCUCUCCGCCGUCUCAUCCGUUUCUCCGCCAAUUCAGACAUCGAAACCGCGGUUCCCUUCUCCUUUGGUCCCUGCGUCGAAGCGGAUACCCAAAACCACCUUUGUUGUCGAUUUCUUCCGCUUCCCACCAUCCUCCGAUUCGUCCACCACCGCAGCUUUCUUCCUCUCGCACUUCCACUCCGACCACUACUCCGGUCUCUCUGCUUCUUGGUCUCAAGGAAUUAUAUUCUGCUCCGACACGACGGCUCGGCUUGUGAGGGAUGUCCUUCAAGUUCCCUCACAAUUUGUCUUCGCUUUGCCUUUGCAGCAAACAGUAGUGAUCGAUGGAUGCGAUGUGAUACUGAUUGAUGCCAACCACUGCCCCGGUGCCGUGCAGUUUUUGUUCAAGCUCAAGCUCGAGAACGGCGGUUUCGAGAGGUACGUUCAUACUGGCGAUUUCAGAUUCUGUGAAUCGAUGAAAUUGGACCCUUUCCUUUGUGAAUUUGUUGGUUGUGAUGGGAUUUUCUUGGACACAACUUAUUGCAACAAAAAAUUCGUUUUUCCGACUCAAGAGGAGUCUGUGGAUUAUGUGGCUAGCGUGGUAGAUAAGAUUGGCGGGGAGUUUGUGGAGGGGAAGAAAAGGGUUUUGUUUCUUGUUGCCACUUAUGUUGUUGGGAAAGAGAAGAUUUUGGUUGAGAUUGCGAGGAGAUGCAAGAGGAAAAUCUUCGUGGACACGAGAAAAAUGUCGAUUUUGCGUGUCUUGGGAUUUGGAGAGAUUGGGAUAUUUACAGAGGAUGAGAAUGAGAGCGAUGUUCAUGUUGUGGGGUGGAGUGUACUGGGUGAGACGUGGCCAUACUUUCGACCAAAUUUUGCGAGGAUGAAAGAGAUCAUGAAUGAGAAAGGGUAUGAUAAGGUCGUAGGUUUUGUACCUACUGGGUGGACUUAUGAAGUGAAACGCAAUAAAUUUGCUGUAAGAUCUAAGGAUUCCAUGGAGAUACAUCUUGUUCCAUAUAGUGAACACUCAAACUAUGAAGAGCUUAGGGAGUAUGUAAAGUUCUUGAAGCCUAAACGAGUUGUUCCUACGGUUGGAAUUGAUAUUGAGAAGCUAGACAGCAAGCAGGUUAGUAAAAUGCAGAAGCAUUUUUCUGGACUGGUUGAUGAAAUGGCUAACAAAAAAGAGUUUUUAAUGGGUUUCUAUCGCGGGUCUUGCCAGAAGAAUGAGAAAAUAGAAAUAGAUGUCGGGUUAAGCUUGAACAGAAAGCAUGGAAAAGAUGAGAAGGCAGAUAUAGCCUGCGAAAAUAAUGUUCCAUGUGGGAUAUCAAAUGCUUUACUUUCAUCUGGAGAGCCUCUAUUACAGGGUUCAGUGACAGGAAUCCAUUCUUCAGACACUGAGAAAUUGUUGAUAGAACUGCGUGAUUGUUUGCCUGCAUGGGUCUCUGGAGAACAGAUGUUGGAUCUCAUUAGCAGGUCAGAAAACAAUGCUGUAGAAAUAAUUAAUAGCUUUUAUGAACUGGAAACAGAGCUUUAUAAGCAAGCCUCUCUUUCUGCAUCUAAUUCGCAAGGCCAAGCCAUUGUGUUUGAUGACAGCGUACCCCUUUCACAGAAAUGUUAUGUUGACAGCACUCCACCAGAGGUUUACACGAGUCAAAAAGGCUUUGAGGUACCAAGUAAUGUGGUUUUAAUGAAGAGUACCAUUUCUCCUGGGAAAAGGAAGAAAAACAUAGGCAGCAAAUUAAACAAAAAGGCCAAGAAAGAUCCAAAACUGGAACCAUUGGGUCCAAGGCAGUCAACCAUAACUAAGUUCUUCAAUAAGGUCUUGGAUAAUGGACCUGAUUUUGUUGGUCAGCCUUCAGAGACUGAGGAAUGCACAACAGUUGGAAAUAAGGUCCUGAAUGAUGCUAGUAGAGGGUACAAAGAAACGGUAGAUCAGUUUAUCAAUAUCGUAAAUGGUUCAGAAUCUUUAAGAGAUUAUGCUGCAUCCAUUAUUGAGAAGGCUAAGGGAGAUAUAAAUAGGGCAUUGGAUAUCUAUUAUAGCAAUCCCAAGGAAAUACUUGGUGAUGUAUGUCGGGGAGGAAUGUCUAGUAAUUUAAUUCAGUUUAUGCAUGUUCCACAAGAUUGUCCCUCUCACGAGGACAAAAAGGCUUCAGAGAAACCAGGACAGACAAUUAAGUUAUCUGAGGAGACAUCACUAGAAGCAAACACGGAAUCAGACUAUGUAUCAUUGCCUCCAGAAAAAUACGAACCCGUAGAGCAUGCAUGCUGGAGGGAUGGACAGCCUGCUCCAUAUAUCCACCUUGUCCGAACCUUUACAUUAGUGGAAGGUGAAAGGGGCAAGAUCAAAGCUAUGUCUAUGCUGUGCAACAUGUUUAGAAGCUUGUUGGCCCUGUCGCCUGAAGAUGUGCUGCCUGCUGUUUAUCUGUGCACGAAUAAGAUUGCUGCAGAUCAUGAAAACAUUGAUCUCAAUAUUGGUGGAAGUUUGAUCACAUCUGCCUUGGAAGAGGCAUGUGGAACAAGUCGGUCUACCAUGAGGGAGAUGUAUAAUAGCCUGGGUGAUCUUGGGGAUGUCGCUCAGCUAUGUCGUCAGACACAAAAGCUACUUAUUCCUCCUCCUCCACUUCUAGUGAGAGAUGUUUUUUCAACUCUGCGAAAGAUAAGUGCGCAAACAGGUACUGGAAGUACUAGGCAGAAGAAAAACCUCAUUGUGAAGCUAAUGCGCUCUUGUAGAGAGAAAGAGAUUAAGUUUCUUGUUAGAACAUUGGUCCGUAAUCUGAGAAUUGGUGCCAUGUUGAGAACUGUUCUGCCUGCACUGGCCCAAGCUAUAAUAAUGAAUUCUUUCCGAGUUUUACAUAAUGGAGAAAUAUCAGACAAUUGUUUCAGAGAGAAAAUUGAGGUUCUUUCUGGUGCAGUGGUUGAGGCAUACAACAUACUUCCUUCUUUGGAUGUUGUUGUUCCUUCUCUCAUGGAAAAAGGCAUUGAGUUUUCAUCAUCAACUCUUUCAAUGCUCCCAGGGAUACCUAUUAAACCGAUGCUUGCAAAAAUUUCUAACGGGGUUCAAGAAUGUGUAAAGCUUUUCCAAGACAAGGCGUUUACAUGUGAAUACAAAUAUGAUGGUCAGCGUGCCCAGAUCCAUAAGCUUCUUGAUGGUACUGUGCGUAUCUUCUCUCGAAAUGGGGAUGAAACGACCUCGAGGUUUCCUGAUUUAAUCGAUAUAAUUAAACAAUUUUCAAGCCCUGCUGCUGAGACAUUCAUGUUGGAUGCUGAGGUGGUAGCAACUGACAGGAAGAAUGGGAAUAAGCUCAUGUCAUUCCAAGAACUAUCCACCAGAGAGAGAGGGGGCAAAGAUUCUUUAGUAACUCUUGACCGUAUCAAGGUUGAUAUCUGCGUUUUUGUGUUUGAUAUCAUGUUCAUCAAUGGAGAACAGCUUUUGGCUAUUCCACUCCAUGAAAGACGAGAACGUCUGAAAGAGGUCUUCCCUGAGACCCGUCCGGGCUAUUUAGACUAUGCCAAGGAAAUCACUGUGGAAGCAGAAGUCGCCUCGCUGAACAAUGAAGACACUUUGGGCAGAAUAAGUGCUUUUCUAGAAGAAUCAUUUCAGUCGUCAUGUGAAGGGAUCAUGGUUAAAUCUCUACAUUCUGAUUCCGGAUACUUUCCCUCAAAGCGCUCUGAUUCAUGGCUCAAGGUCAAGCGAGAUUAUGUCGAAGGAUUGAACGACACACUGGAUUUAGUUCCUAUCGGUGCUUGGCAUGGAAAUGGGAGAAAAGCAGGAUGGUAUAGUCCAUUCCUCAUGGCGUGCUUCGACCCCGAAACAGAGGAGUUCCAGAGUGUCUGCCGUGUCAUGUCUGGGUUCUCCGACGCUUUUUACAUCGAGGAUGAAACAAAAUUAUCAUCGGAAUCUCUUUUCUGUUUUCGGAAGAUGAAAGAAUUCUACUCUGGGGAUAAGAUCCUUGCCAAAAAGCCACCUUACUACAGAACUGCAGAGACGCCCGACAUGUGGUUCUCACCAGAGCUCGUGUGGGAAAUCAGAGGUGCGGAUUUCACAGUCUCACCCGUUCAUCACGCGGCUAUAGGCAUCGUCCAUCCAUCCCGAGGCAUCUCCAUCAGGUUCCCGAGAUUCAUCCGCAAAGUUACGGAUCGAAACCCAGAGGAAUGCAUCACAUCUGCAGAUAUUGCAGAGAUGUUCCAUUCUCAGACCCGGAAAAUGAACAUCGCUGCUUCUCAUCACUAAAAUUUCCUGUCCCUGAAUCUGAUCAUCAGGUAAAAUUUCCUUUUGGUGUCCCAUGGAACUUUUUGUGAUCUCGUAAGCAAUGUAACGUACAUCUGCCAUGAACUCCUGUAAAUAUUUUCGUGUCUAUAUAUAUAUAUAUCUGUUGAUGUA